AUGUUGGUCGCCUACAGAUUCAGUGAGUGGUUAAGCGGAAGGGACGAAGUUACUAAUGAAAAGAUUGUUGAGUUUCUCAAGUAUGCCAACAUGACAGAUAUCAACCCAGAAGACUAUGGCAAGUUAAACAGGAGCAUACACAUUGGGUUGGCGUUUUCUGGUGGUGGUUACCGUGCCAUGUUGAACGGGGCAGGGCAAUUGAGUGCUUUGGACGAAAGAACGAAAGGUCCUAAUGGAGGAAAUGCCAGCGGGUUAAAUGGAUUACUUCAAGCCAGUACUUAUAUUGCAGGGUUAUCUGGAGGAAGUUGGUUGGUUGGAUCCAUUGUUUUCAACAACUUUACAUCGGUGCAAGAUAUUGUUGACCACAAGACUGAUAUUUGGGAUUUGGAACACUCGAUUGUUAAUUAUGGUGGAUUGAAUGUCUAUAAAACCUACAAGUACUACAAGGGUAUCUCAGAGGACUUGGAUGCUAAGAAAGAUGCCGGGUAUGAAUUAUCCUUAACUGAUACAUGGGGGAGAGCGUUAGCACACCAGUUUCUCACUACACUCAACGACACAGGUGCAUCAUUAACUUUUAGUUCGGUUCAAGAUUGGGACAUAUUCAAGAACUACGAGAUGCCAUUCCCAAUUUUUGUGAGUGACACUAGAUCUCCAAAUAGUCAGAUUGUUAAUCUCAAUUCGACUCUAACUGAGUUCAACCCCUUUGAAAUGGGAAGUUACGACGCCAGUUUGUAUCAGUUUACCAAAAUCAAGUACUUGGGAACUGACUUAUCAGAUGGAGAUACAAAUGGAACUUGUAUUGGUGGAUUCGAUAACGCUGGGUAUAUCAUGGGUACGUCAUCAACUUUGUUUAAUCAGUUUGUGUUGCAGAUUAAUACCACUUCAUUGUCGUCGACGGUCAAAUCUAUCAUCACCUCAUUGUUGAAAAAGGUAGACAAAGAUGAAGACGACGUGGCUGUAUAUGAUCCAAAUCCAUUUUACGAGACUGAUGUUGGUACGUCAUCUCAUAUAGCCAACAAUGAGACAUUAACUCUUGUUGAUGGUGGAGAAGAUGGCCAAAAUAUCCCAUUAUCGCCUUUGAUUCAACCAGUUAGAGAUGUUGAUGUUAUCUUUGCCUUUGAUAAUUCAGCUGACACCGAUGAAUAUUGGCCAAAUGGAACUUCAUUGACGCAAACUUUUGAAAGACAGUUUUCUGACACUGGAAAUGGUACCAUUUUCCCCUAUGUUCCUGAUGUGAAUACCUUCAUCAACUUGAACUUGACUGCUAGACCUACAUUCUUUGGAUGUGAUGCCAAGAACUUAUCCACUUUGCUCCAGCAUCGUAACAUUAGUACGUACAGCAACCUGUCUAGUUCUUACACUGUC